CCACACGGUACUAUCACCAUAGGGGCAAGAAGAACAGAAGCUUUGCGGCCAUAGCUGUAUUAAUAGCAUACCGGCAGAAGUAGACACUAGAGUCGCUGAGUAGUCGUUGUGGGAGUCAUUUGGCUUAGAUUGGAUUCAGCAUAACAUAUCAUUACUGUCAAGGUCACCACUAUGGGCAAACCAAUCCUAUAUUACGCUACCCUAAGUCCACCAUCACGAUCUGUGCUGCUAACAGCCAAAGCUAUUGGCCUGGAGCUAGAGUUGCGUGCGACCUCGUUGUUCAAAGGCGAACAUCUCACCCCUGAAUUCGUUAAAAUGAAUCCACAGCACACUAUUCCACUCCUAGAUGACAACGGGGUUCACAUCUUCGACAGUCAUGCAAUUUGUGCUUAUCUUAUAGAUAAGUAUGCGAAAGAUGACAAGUUGUACCCAAAAGACCUAGUCAAACGUGCAGCCGUUGAGGGCCGCCUGUAUUUCGAUGCAGGAUAUCUAUUUGCUCGUCUACGUUUCUUGUACGAACCCAUUCUUUACUACGGUUCACCGGAUUUUCCUGAGGACAAGGUGGAAUACAUACAUAAGGCUCUUGAUAUUAUGGAGGCAUUCCUGAAAGACAGUCCUUAUGUUUGUGGUGAAAAUUUGACUGUUGCUGAUUUCUGUUGUGUGGCAUCCAUUUCUUCUCUUGAAGGAUCAGCCGGCCCAGUCGCAGCGAGACAUCCAAAGCUUUUGGCUUGGAUAAAUAGAUUGGCUCAGCUCCCGUACUAUCAGGAAGUCAAUCAAGCAGGAGCUGAUGAACUGAAAGAAAUUGUAAGGGAAAAAUUGGCUGCAAAUAGGGCUAACGCUUGAAUAUGUAUGCUGGAAUAAAAGAAAAAUUCAGAUGUUAUACUGAUAUGUCAAUAAAAUAUUGAUAUCAUUUA